AUCAAAUGCUCGCGUUCUCCAUCUCCCCGCUCGGCCUCAACCUGGCCCCGCGCGCCAGCGUCCGCAUGGCCGCCGGCGGCGAGCAGAUCCUGCUCGCCAGGUUCGGCGUGCCGGCUCCGGAACUGUCCGUCGACCGCCGUGGCGCGCUGGGCCUCGGCGCCGCCGCUUGCGCAGCCCUCGGCACCUCGAUGCCGGCCUUCGCGGCGGAUGACCCGAUGUUCACCCUGCCGCCGCUCCCGUACGCCUACGACGCGCUCGAGCCGCACAUCGACGCCGCCACCAUGAAGUUCCACCACGACUUCCACCACCAGGCCUACAUCACAAACCUGAACAAGGCGAUGGCGGGCAAGCCAAAGGCGGACCUGGUCUCGCUCAUGCCGGGCGCCAAGGCCGCCAAGCUCAACAACGCGGGCGGCGGCCACUACAAUCACUGCAUGUUCUGGAGCACACUCGGCCCAAAGGCGGGCGGCGAGCCCUCGGGUGCGCUCGGCGACGCCAUGGCCAAGGCGUUUGGCUCGUACGACGACUUUAAGGCGCAGUUCUCCGCGGCGGCGGCCGGGGUGUUUGGGUCGGGAUGGGCGUGGCUCGCGGUUGCCAAGGACGGCUCGGUCAAGAUCGUCACUACGCCCAACCAGGACAACCCGCUGAUGGACGGCGCCACCGAAGCCGGCCUCAUCCCCAUCCUCGGCAUCGACGUCUGGGAGCACGCGUACUACCUCAAGUACCAGAACCGGCGGCCCGAGUACAUCGCCGCCUUCUACAACGUCGUCAACUGGGCCAAGGUGGGCGAGUACUACGCCACGGCCGCCGCCGGCAAGCCCAUCGCCUUCUAGGAGCGCGCGGCACUCUUGCCGAGCGCAACGCCUGCGGGAGCUGCGCUCGUCGCUGACUACUCCGGACCGCGGAGCGCACGCGGGGCGGGGCGCGGGAGAGGGGGGGGGGGGGGGUCUACAAAGUGGCUGCGGCGCGAGGUGCGGAAUCGCGUUGCGCUGCUCGUUGGCAUGGCUCGGUUGCGGCAUGCGGGUGGAUGGGAGUUGGUUAUGCGUGUGAAUCUCGCUCGCUGUU